CGCACAAAUGACGGGUGAGAUCUGCGACCAAACGUUGGUAAUAAUGUGCCGUCUGUAGUGUGAGAAACUAUUUUUACAGCAUGAGUUCAGAAGCGGUCAUUCUGUUGGAGACUGUCAACUUCGCUGCUGAAAAGCACCGCAAUCAACGACGUAAAGACGCUGAACAAACGCCAUAUAUCAACCACCCAAUAGGUGUGGCAAGGAUCCUAAGCCAUGAAGGUGGGAUCACAGACAUUGAAGUUUUGCAAGCAGCUUUGCUCCAUGACACAGUGGAGGACACUGACACCAGCAUAGGAGAACUACAGGCCAUCUUUGGGCAAACGGUGUCUCGAAUUGUUCAGGAAGUGACAGAUGAUAAGGCGCUACCCAAGCAUGAGAGGAAACGUCAGCAGGUGGAGCAUGCACCUCACGCCAGCCACCAGGCCAAACUGGUCAAACUGGCUGACAAACUGUACAACCUGAGGGACCUGAACCGCUGCACACCUACAGGUUGGCCGGCAGAGCGUGUUCAGGAGUACUUUGUGUGGGCAGCCCAGGUAGUGAGAGGACUGAGGGGGACCAACCCAGCACUGGAGAGACACCUAGAGGAGCUCUUCAAGCAGAGGGGGGUUGAGCUUUGACACCUCUCUACUUCUGAUACAGGGUGGCACAACACAGCAACUCUUGAUGCACACUUUUGUAAAGAGUUCAUGUGAAAAGAUUUGAGCAUAUUGUCUUCAUAAUAGGAGCCUUCUCCAUUGAAUAAACUCUUAGCUCUCAUAAGGAUUUAUUUUUUAUGGCUAAUUUAUUAUUCAUUCAUUCUACAGUAAUUUGCAUACAUUGUCUGUAGAACUGGCAAACCAUCAAUGUCACCUUGAGUUUUCUCGUAUUGAAUAAAGCAAAGAUAUGCAUAAUUUUGUGAAGAUGAAAGGCUGUUGUGGAAAUUCACCACCAUGUCAUGGAAAUGACCACCAGGGACACUUAAGUCAAUCUUAAAUGAAUGAUCCUUUAUUAUCAGCGCGCUGGAGAGGUUCCAACUCAAUGCACUAUAGAACAUGUCAAUCAGGAGCUCUGCUGGGGCAGUCCCAACUGUUGUCUUCUAUAUGGCUAUACACAGACAUGUUAUAUUUGCAUAAUUCAUUCAUCAUUACUGUUUUGUUUCAUACAUGUGACCGACCAGUACUGGUUCAUAACAUGUGACAGACCAAUACCUCAAGGCUUCUUCUCUAAGCCGAGACCUUGAAACUGAGAACUUUUGUUCUUAGAAAAGCACAAACGUUAAACAUUUCCAGCACAGUUACUUUUGUAAAUCAUAGUUUGCAGGACUCAUCUGAAUUCUGAUAUGUGUUUUAUCACCUACAUUGCAUCUGUUGCCUUUUGUAUCAUUAAUACUGACAAUCAAAGAUGGGGUAGAAAAUACAUGUAAUAUUUAUCCCCUCAA